CCUUCCCCUUACUCUGUCAAAUUAUGCUGUUUCCGGCUUAUAACCAACACCCAGCAAUGGCGUCCUUCCGCUUUUAUGUCUUAACUCUUAAGCUGAAAACACAAUGAAAAGCACAGACAAUAGAAACAGGGAAUACGAGAUUUCAACUUAUCAGAAACCAUGAAUAAUAGAAUGGACACUUUCUGAUAGAUUAAAAUCUGUGUUUCCAACUUUACUAGAGAGGAAUUCUAACGACACCGUUUUCGCAGUGUGCAUGGUUAUGUAUAUUCAGUUGUAAGCGUAUAUGAGAAGAGUUUCGCCACUCGACCACCACUAAUACUAAUUCGCAAACCUGAUUUUGACCACACUUUUUAAGCCUAGUUCGGCUUUCUAUUCUCUAUACUCCAUGAUCAAAAUAUAACCUCUUAUAAUUUAUUAUUUUGUGUUAAGAAGCUGUGCAGAGGUCUGGAGAUUCAAACUUCUGCGCAGAUGCCCGACAUUCGACGCUUACAUGUAAUUUCACCUUUAUUUAUUUGAUCAUUACGAUGCCGUCGUGUGCAGUACGAAAUUGUAAAAAUAAUUCGUGGAAUACGAAAAGACAAAAAAUUAGUUAUUUAUCAUUUCCGAAAGAAACGAAAAUGAUUGAAAAAUGGAAAAUUGUAUGCAAAGAAGAUGUCAACUCUAAAUUCGCUCGUAUCUGUUCGAAACAUUUUCAUCCUUCACAAUUUGAAGAUAAAUCGUGGUUACGAGAUUUCGUUGGAAAAUCUGGGAAUGUACGAAUAAAACUUAAACGUGAUGCAGUUCCAUUGAUAACUGAUGUAGAGGACAACAAAAUUUCCACGGAUAAUGAUUUAGAUAGUACUGCAUCGACCUCCACAUCGAGCUGUGCAACUCAAGUUGCGCUGAACACUGCAGUGGUUCCUAACAUUGAUAUCUCUCAGAAAAUGCAGAAAUUGCAACACAGAAAUGCAACCUUACUUCUGGAAACAAAAGCUUUACAUCUGGAAACGGAAACCCAUAAAUAUCAACAAGCUUUAAAAGAGAAACUAUACAAGAAGCAAUUGGUGCAGAAAAUGCAAGACAAGUUAACUCCGUUUUUUACGCCAGAACAAAUAGAAUUAUUUUUAAAUCUCACGCAGAAGAUCCGUUGGACUAAGGAGGAUAUUGAGGCUGCAAUUUCGUUAAAAAGCAUAAGCUCAAAAGCUUAUAGGUAUCUGAGGAAAACAAAACAAAUUCCUGCAAUGUCAACCCUUCGAAAAUGGAUAGCGGAUUUCAACACUGACAAAGGUAUCUUAACAGACGUAUCAGCAAUAACGAAAGAAAAAAGUCAAAGCAUGACAGAAAUGGAGAGAACUUCGGUUCUCUACUCUGAUGAAAUUUCUUCUUUUGAUGAAAUUUAUUUGUCAAACCAAGUUGAAGAAAGUAAGGAGAAAGUGUAUGUGUAUGUUGUAUUCAAAAAUUAAAAAAAGUAUAUGACUAAGAACCCUGUGUGCUGCAAAUUCUUACAAGAAAAAUUUUUGUAAGAUCUAAGAAAAUUUUUACAUACGAAUUUUGGACAGAAAUAUACAAGCUUGUAUAAGAAUAUAUCACAUACGAUACCUGUAGGUAAAUCCAGAAUCUUGCAUGAAUCUUACACUCAUGUUACAUGAAUCUUAUAAACAUAUUACAUGAUUCUUAGUUCCGAGCUCGCACUUUGAUGGAAAAACGGAAAAGCGGAAGCCAAUCAGAACUCGCGGAAAGACAGACGCAAACAAGCGGAAUGUACUACCUAUUACUACUGUGAGUUCCGAUUGGCUUCCGCUUUUCCGCUUUCCGCUUUUCCGUCAAGGUGUGAACUCGUCUUACACGCAUGUUACUUGAAACUUGCGCGUAGAUAAAUUUUGCGCGCAUGUGAAUCUUGUAAGAAUAUAUAAUUGAAAUGUCAUUAAAUAUUACAAGAAUACUA